GUGGAGGUGUCCUCGGCUGUGCCGCCUUCCGCCGCCGGGCUGCGCUGCCAGAGCCGGGACGCGCCUCCGCGCUCCUCGCCGCCUCCACCCCGCGGGCGCCGCUCGCCUCGCCGCCGGCGCGGACAGCAUGACGAAGAAAGAGAAGAAGUCUUUCAGCCAGUGCAUGGCCGAGUGGAAGCUCUUCGUCUACAACCCGACCACCCGGGAGUUCUUGGGGCGCACCACCAAGAGCUGGGGUUUGAUCUUGCUUUUCUACCUAGUCUUUUAUGGGUUCCUGGCUGCACUCUUCUCGUUCACAAUGUGGGCUAUGCUUCAGACUCUGAACGAUGAGGUUCCAAAAUACCGGGACCAGAUUCCUAGUCCAGGACUUAUGGUUUUUCCAAAACCAGUGACUGCGUUGGAAUAUUCAUUCAGUGUGUCUGAUCCUGAGUCCUAUAAAGGAUAUGUAGAAGAUCUCAAGAAGUUUCUAAAGUCAUACGAUUUAGAAGAACAGAAGAAUCUCACAGUCUGUCCCGAUGGAGCCAUUUUUGAACAGAAGGGUCCGACUUACGCUGCAUGCCAGUUUCCUCUUGUCUCGCUGAAAGCAUGCAGUGGUGUGGAUGAUCCCACGUUCGGCUACUCCACAGGGAACCCUUGUGUUCUUGUGAAGAUGAACAGAAUAAUUGGAUUGAAGCCUCAAGGAGAACCGAGGAUAGAAUGUAGUUCGAAGGGUGAACAAGCCAUUCUAUCAACUUAUCCAUCUAAUGGAACUAUAGACUUAAAAUAUUUUCCAUAUUAUGGGAAAAAACUGCACGCGAGGUAUCUGCAGCCAUUAGUUGCUGUCCAGGUGGCCUUUAAUGCUACCACUGCUGGGAAGGAAGUAACAGUCCAGUGCAAGAUUGAUGGAUCACCCAACCUAAAAAACCAGGAUGAUCGAGACAAGUUUUUAGGACGAGUUGUGUUCAAAAUCACAAUGCGUGCAUAGUAGGAGUUAGGGUAUCUCCACAGAGUAAAUGUUGUGUUGUCUGUCUUCAUUUUGUAUCAGCUGGACCUGCCAUUCUAGAAUUAUGAGACCACCUUGGAGAAAGGUGCGGUGAUACAUGACACUGGGCUAACAUCAUGUGCUUCCAGAUUAUAGUGUUCAGUGUCCUCGGAAGCAACUCCCUAUUGCCGCUGCUGCCUUCGAACCAGCGUACCGUUCCAGAUAGGGACCGAGAACACCUGAUGCUCAUCGUGUAGAACAGGGGGGUCUUGUCCUAUUUCUUUGUGGUUUUAUUCCCGAGCGUCUAAAGCUUAAUGUGCUGUGCUAUGUAAAUAUUUUAUAGAUUUAACACUGGUUAACUGUCAUAUUUUGAUGCCAGCAAAGUUUUAGGGCUAAAAUGGUACCUGACCAACAUCAAGUGACUUUAUAGCUGUGAGAAAUGUGGAGUGGAGAAGUUCUGUAUGUGAGGAGGAAAAAAGAAAAUAAAAGUGGAUUUGAAAUGUC